AGGGCGGCAGAUAUAAAUUAGUCUCGUAUCUCUCCUUGUUGAUCAAUGGACAGCUUCUUCUACCUUUACACACCUCUCUCUGUAAGAAUAGUAGAUCCAAGGGCUAGAGAUCAAGAUGUCCCUCUCGCUACAGUCAACCAAGAAAAUGCUCUCGGGGUACGAGAUUCCCGUUCUUGGAUUUGGUGUCUAUAAAACUCCCGCCGACGUCACCGAAUCCGUCACCCUCAAAGCAUUGGAACUCGGAUACCGUCAUAUCGACAGCGCCCAACUCUACAACAAUGAAGCUGAAUGCGCCCUCGCUAUUCAGCGCUCCAACAUCCCGCGCUCCCAAAUCUUCUACACGACCAAGAUCCCCACCACGCACAUGUCCUACGAGAAAGCCAAAGAAGCGAUCGAGACUAGUCUAGCUGCUGCCAAGGGAUUGGGGUAUAUUGAUCUCAUGCUCCUCCACGCCCCCUACGGCGGCCGCAGCGGCCGCCUCGGUGCGUGGCGCGCACUCGUCGAAGCCCAAGCAGCAGGGAAGAUCCGCUCCUUAGGUGUAUCGAACUACGGCAUCCGGCAUCUAGAAGAGCUGGAAGAGUAUAUUCGGAGCGGCGGGGGAGGAGAGAUUUCCGUUGGGCAGUAUGAGAUUCAUCCGUGGUGUGCGCGGGAGGAUAUUGUGGGUUGGCUGAGAGCGAGGGGGGUGGUGGUUGAGGCGUAUGCGCCGCUUGUGCAGGCGAAGAGGAUGCAGGAGCCGGUGUUGAGGAAGUUGGCGGCGAAGUAUGGGAAGAGUGAGGCGCAAGUUUUGGUGAGGUGGAGUUUGCAGAAGGGAUAUGUGCCGCUACCUAAAUCAGUGACUGAGUCGAGGAUCGUGGAGAAUUCGCAGGUGUUUGAUUUCGAGUUGUCCGCGGAGGAUAUGGAGGAGUUGCAGACGACGGAGUAUGCUCCUGUUAGUUGGGAUCCGGCGAGGGAUUCGAAGAUAUAGAUAAGUAGAUCUGCUGGAUGAGAGUUAGUCACUGUCAAUGGAAGAUAGAUUAGAAUGAACAGAAAAAGAAAAUAGUGAAUAGAAACAAAGCAGACAACGUUAAACAAGA